CCAAAACAGUGGUCACCAAUGGCAACCAAAGAGGGCAAACAGUGGUGGGAUCCAUAUGAGACGUCUAAUCGAAGACAAUUCAUCUAUCGACCAAACUCAACCGCCCAAAUUUUUUUGUGCGCAACAUCAACUUCAUUUAUAGACUCUUAUUCACAGUCUGGACCUUUUGGUUCAACUGUGUACAACAAGGAUUUUUGCUGGAAGCCAGCCUGUAAACCUGAAUGCAUUCACACAGGAACAGCCUCAGGGCAAAGGAGAAACAACCCGCAUCCCAGUCAGUCUUUCAUGAUGUGGAGGCUGCCGAAGGACACCGCACGAAGCUCCAAGUAUGUUGGCUUCCCUUUGAAAUGUCCUGCAUCUGAAGGGGAGAUCCGUAAAGCCUUGACAGCACAGUAUCGCUCCAUCUACAGAUGUGACUUCAUGGGUAUGCCUCAAGGAAGAAGACUUGCACCUCUGAACAGCAGGCAGGAAGUGCCACCGCUCUCUACGGACACAGAGAUGAGAGACAAUUACCGACAGCCAAAGCAAAAACCUGAAAUGCUGAGCAAUCAGUCUCACUACAGAGGCAACACAGAUCCUAACCUGGCCUGUCGUGGUAUAGUUCCAACUGUUGUGCAAAGACACACACAACAGAAAAGAUCAGCUUUAACAAACUAUGACAGGUUUUUUGGAAAUAAAGUCACUGAUGUCACAUGUUUGAUAAAGUCUCUGCUGCCCCAGGAGAUGCAGCAGUUACACAGAGUUUUACCUAAGGAGGAAAAGGAGGCCAUAAGAACAGUUCUAAGAAAAGAUGAAUAUCAAAACAACAGUGAGAAAGUGAAUAAACUCGCAGUAGCUGUUCCUCAUUUCAGCUCACCAGAGUGGAUAUCGAGCUGGCCGGGACCUCACUGAAUCUUAUUUCUUACAGUAGUUAGUAUAUCUGUCUUUGUGUUUUAAUGUAAUUUCUUGUCAUGG